AUGCUCUGCCUCCUGCUCUACCUGGCUGCACUCAGUCAGCUCACAGGUGCAAGUUCGAUCAGUAUGACCAACAUUACGUGCACCGUGACCGGCCCCACUGUCAUCGAUUUCAGCGGCCAAGUUAGAACUAUCCAGGAUCGCUGUGCGUACAAACUGAUGUCAGGUCCAGGCCUCCAGCUGCUGGCCACCUUCCAGGAACGGCGCCGCACAGAUGUUAGUUUCUUGGACCAUGUGAUCCUGCGUCUAGACGCGCCAGCUGUUGACAUUCAACUGGGACAAGGCGGAAAAGUACAAGUGAACGACACAACGCUGAGCCUGAGCGGCUCGCCUCAGACGGAACACGGCGUGGAGCUCUCUAAGGACAUAAACGGAGUCACCGCCAAAGUGUCACUCUCCAACUACGACACCACUGUCUUCUUUGACGGCACCACCGUACAGAUCCACAGUAAAGGACCAGGACUGGUCGGCCUGCAGGGCUUAUGUGUGAACUCCAGCAGCCCUCUGAGUGAACUGAAGAUCUCUGAGUUGAGCUCCGGCAGCUGUGAGAUGCUGUAUAGUGAACCUGCUGACAGUCGGAUCAACUGCACCAAGAUGACUGAACGCUGUAAUCUCCUGAAGGAGGCGCCGUUCACCUCCUGUCACAGCCACAUCGACCCAGAGCCCUACAUCACUGCCUGCAACGACACGCUGUGCAGAUACCCGGCGGUGGACGGUCUCAACUGUCAGUUCCUGGAGGCCUACGCCGGAGCCUGCAGCCUGAUGAGUAAUGACACGCUGGAGGACUGGAGGGCAAAGGCCAGAUGUUGUAAGCACGGCUUCUGUCAGGACACCUUCUGCAUUGCUCACGAGUUCUGUGGCCAAGGCAUCACGGGUCGACCCGCCUGCCUCUGUCGGGCUAAUUUUGCCUCCAAAUACAGAUCGAGAGACGCUCUAGGUGACCCGACGGUCUGCGGGCAGGACUCUGCUUCAGUUUCCCUGGCUGGUUGUCUCCUGGCAGAAAGAGGCAUCAACCACUCCGCCUUACACCUCAACGACCGAACCUGCGGAGGUCAGAUGGAUGAAGAGACCCACAUGGUGACCUUCGGCUUUAACAACAGCAAACCCUGUGGCACAGUGAUGAUGGCCUCAAACGACAAAAUCAUCUUUAAAAACACCAUCAAGUCAAACAACAGCUCUGCGUCUGCUCUGCUCUCUCGCCAAGAAUUGGUAAACAUCGACUUCUCCUGCUUCUACCGCCAGCCAGACGUCAGAGCCUUGUCCUUCAAAAUGAAAGGAGGCAAAGCGUUGCAGCAGAUCCAAUCUGGAUCUUGGAAUUACAGUGUGUCUUUGAGCAUGUGCACCGACAUCGCCUGCACUACACCCUUCGACUUCUCUGACGGGAUCCAGACGGACCAGACCAUCUACAUGAACCUAAACACCGGCGGCCUAGACGGCAGCAUCAUCACCCUGGUGAUUGAGAACUGCUGGGCCAACGACAACGCACAGGGCGACAAUCUGAGAUACGACCUCGUCAUAGGCGGCUGUGGGAACCCGCAGGACAGCUCGGUGAAGGUGGUGGAGGACGGAAAGGGGGGAACCACGCUGACCUUCCAGAUGUUCCAGUUCCAAGGGAGCAACAGCGGCAUCUUCCUUAGCUGCAAGAUGAAGCUGUGUCUGAAGAGCGACGCCGGCUGUGUGCCGGUACAACAAACACAUAUCGAUUUAUUCGUCUUUAUCCUACAGAUCCUUUUUGUGUCGACGUCAUGAUGACGUCACGGUGUUAGCUGGAGGCAAAAACAAAGGAAAGACUGGAGGCUAACACUAGCAGUGGGCUAAAGUUACACAUCUAAAA